GCGGGCAGAGCGGGUCGGUGACGGUUCCCCGCAGCCGCCGCUACUGCUGCUGUGUGUGAGGGGGAGGGGGAGGGGGAGGAGAUGCUGGUGGUGAUAAUGGGGGUCAGCGGCAGCGGCAAGACUGCUGUGGGUUCAUGUCUUGCAGAUAAGUUGGGAUGGGAACUCUACGAUGCAGAUGACUAUCACCCUAAAGAAAAUAAAGAAAAGAUGAUUAAAGGAAUACCAUUAAAUGAUGAGGACCGUCUCCCCUGGUUGUGCAUUUUACGAGACAUACUAGUGAGAGAAAAGUUGCUGGGGAAAAAUAUGAUCCUAGCAUGUUCUGCUCUGAAGAGAAUGUAUCGAAGAGUCUUGACUGGCGAGCAGAGUGCAGCCACCGAUACCGAGACAAGUCAGAACCAGGAAUAUGCAGCACCUGCCUCCAGCAAGAAUGAGAUCUUGUUUGUGUACUUGCAUGGUUCCAUGGAGCUGAUUUCCAAGAGAUUAGAGAGUAGAGAGGGACAUUUUAUGUCACCAUCUUUAUUGCAGUCUCAAUUUGAUACUCUAGAACCUCCAGAUAAGACAGAGAACUUUAUGAGCAUCAGUGUUGAGAAAAACAUCCUGGAGAUAGUAACAGAGAUUAUGCAAAGGUUGAACUGCAAUCUUUGAUUUUAGUAAGACCAUAUGAGUUAUUGCCAAGGCAUGGUCGGAAAACUGUGUCCAACAGAUAUAAUUAUUCCAGUGGAGAAAUAUCCAUGUGCAUCAAAUUCCUAUUGCACAGGUAUGUUAGGGCAAAUUAAUACCAUGAGACAACUUCAGGUGAUUUAUUUUUGGGCUACUAAAAGCUAUUUAAAUGUUUUCAAUUGAAAUAACCGUCAGAAAUAGAAAUGUCAAACAUGAUUGACAUCUACACGAGAUAGUCAUAACUCACUUUGGCUUUGUCACUUUUUUUUAACCUUAGGAUAAUAAACAGCUAGUUAGCAUCCAUCACAGUAAUAACUAAUAUGAAAUGCAUAAUGUAGACACUCUGCCCUCAGGUGUCAAAGAGUUUUUAUGAAAAGCUACUUACUGUAUUAAAGUAGAAUUUUCUCCUCCUUUUUAUUACUUCACUGCUUGUUUCAAGUCAGACCUCCAGCCUAUAUUAAAAGGGUGAUGUCACUGUAAUAGCCAUCUCUUUGGUGCCUGGUCUCCUGAAGCAUGCACUUAAACAUAAAUGUUUAUUACAUUUGGUUUGAAAGUUCCCCGCAGGUCGUAAAGGUUCAAACCAUUGAUUCUAAUUACAACAAACUUUACUGGGACCCCGUUCCCCCCCAUCCCGCCCCUCCAACAUUUAAGGUGUGCUCUUAAAUUCUCUGCCGAUUGAUCUAUAGAUAAAUUUCUAAUCAAAACUCCAUUCUGAUGUUGCUUGCAUUUUCUUUCAAUAUUGACAUUUUCUCAGUAAUUUUAAUGUACCUCCCAGAAAGAUUCUAAGUAAAAUUAUCAGGCUUGUAAAUCCAUUUCUUCAAAGCACAACAUUAAAAUGGAUGGUUGAGUGUUUUCAAUGAGGAAACUGUAAAGAUUAAAUGUCUGAAUAUUCUUGGA